GCUGCAAACGUUAAAGUACUAAAUAUUACUUGUUCUGCGGUUACUGUGUAAUAUCAAAGUAACGUAACCAUAUUACAGAAAAAAUUCAUAUUUGUUCAGCAAAAUGAUUCCCUUCCAGGUCUCCCGCUCAUUGUCGGAAACGCCUAUCGGUAUCACUCAUUUGUUCGUACUUCUUUUGCUCCACCCAGAGUAGAUACAUUCCUAUCUCGAUUUGCUGCUAAUGAUGUCAGAAAGUGACGUAAUAUUUGAUAGUAACUACAUUAUGGGUCGAUUCAGCCACUUACGAUAAAUAUUUGGUUCCGGGCACGUUGUACAUUUUAAUGCUUACAUUUUUACAGCUUAGGUUAUAUUUUCUUUUAUUUAUUUUCUUCAUUUUGUUUUAUUUUGCAUUUCUCCGUUAUUUGCCUAUUCGGAUGGGAUCUACUGUUUGCUGUCUUUUGUACUAUUCUACAGCUGUCCCAUAGAGGACUCUGAAGACUGAGGUGUCUGUAGGGGGUCUCAUGAAGGUCCGGGCUCUAAUUUAAUUGUUAGUAAACCGUAUUGAUCUUUUAUAUUACUACAGUUAUUCACCUGGAGUAGUCUUUUACGUAAUAAUUUUGAAAGAAACAAUUUCAAGUUUUCACAAGAACACAUUGUAUAUGUUUAGGUUUUAUAGAUUUUUCUUCCAAUGGCUUCUGGCAAGACACAGCGUCGGGAUACCCUGGUAUUGUUGUGUGAGUGGGAAUCAUGCAGUCAUACAUCCUCUACAAUGGAAGAGUUUUGUUCCCAUGUGUCAGAGCAUUUGUGCCAACAUCUUAAAGAAAGUGAAGAGGACAUGGAAUCACGAGGAGAAUUUUCCUGCUUGUGGAUUGACUGUGGAUUCUGCUCCACAGAGAGUCAAGCUGACCUCACUCGCCAUGUUUUCUUCCAUUGUUACCAUACCAAGCUAAAGCAGUGGGGAGUGCAAGCACUGCAGAGCCAUCUUGACUUGGAUCAGUGUGGACUUGACUUUCAGAGCCGGAACAUUAUUCCUGAGAUCCAGGCGAAUUUCAUAUGUUUGUGGGAGCAGUGUGAGACUGUGUUUGAAAACCCAGAGUGGUUCUACCGACAUGUGGAUAUGCAUGGGCAGUGUUCAGAGCAGAAGGAGCCUGGUGCAGAUAGUCUAGUUGCUUGCAAAUGGAGAGAGUGUGGUAACUUCUUCAAGGGGAAAUUUAAGCUGCGUGAGCACCUAAGAAGUCAUACACAAGAGAAAGUGGUAGCUUGUCCCACAUGUGGUGGCGUGUUCGCUAGUAAUACGAAAUUCUUUGACCACAUCCGUCGUCAGACAGCCAUUGACUUUCAGAGGUUCCAGUGUUCACAUUGUUCCAAACGCUUUGCGAGUGAAAGGCUGCUUCGUGACCACAUGAGGAACCAUGUAAAUCACUAUAAAUGCCCACUUUGUGAUAUGACUUGUCCAUCCCCAUCUUCAUUGAGGAAUCAUAUUAAAUUUCGACAUAGUGAUGAGAGACCGUUCAAGUGUGAUUACUGUGAUUACAGCUGUAAGACCCUCAUUGAUCUGCGGAAACAUUUAGAUACACACAGCAAAGAGCCAGCUUAUAUGUGUGAGUUUGAGAACUGUGGCUUUGCUGCACGAUCACUGCAUUCUAUAAAGGCUCAUUACCGCAAAGCACAUGAGGGAGAUGUUGAACCACGAUAUAAAUGUCAUGUUUGUGAGAAAUGUUUCACCCGUGGUAGCAACCUCACCUCUCAUCUCAGAAAAAAGCAUCAGUUCAGGUGGCCAUCUGGACAUCCACGUUUUAGAUACAAGGAGCAUAGUGAUGGAUACAUGAGGCUGCAGUUAGUGCGGUACGAGAGUGUAGAGCUAACUGAACAAUUAAUGAAGGACCGUGAAAGGCAAGAUGGACAUGGGGGAGUAGAAUGCAUGAUACUUGCAGAAGAUGAAGCCAACUUAAGGGGAAUCAUCCUUGAGCCUGUAGAGGAAGUGCCUGAUGAUGAGUGUGGAGAUGUAAUACAGGAUGCUGGUACACCUGCAUGUGUCAGUAGUAUAAACUCUGAUACAGGAAACGUAGAUUCUGUAAUAGGACAAUCACUGCAGCCAGCCGUGGUUAACACUGCAGACACAGACUCUGACCCCAUCAUUCGAGUUGUGAACCGGACAAAUGAGAAGGGUGAAAAUGAGACUGUGUUUUAUGUGAUGACCAGUGCAACAACAGAUAUAGAACAAAAGAAUUUCAAAAGUUCUGAAGCAUCCUCUGAGCCAGAAGAGAAUGUGAUGGACCACUUGCAAAAAACAGCUGAGGAACUUGGAAUUCAGAUUGUGUGAAUGAAACAUGUUGAGGUUAGCUAUGGAAGACAUCUCUAGUGCCUAUCUGAAGCCCCUUCUUCUGUCGCAAUCAGUUUGGCAUCGAAUGUCUGCCUGGUUUAGUUAAGCCUUCAGAUUUUAUAACUCUGGAGGUCUACAUAGCAAGAAGUGAACAGUUUCAAAUUAAGGGUGUUUAUUCUGCGGCAGCUGACUUGAUCAAAGUGCUGAUCUCUUUAGUUCCAGUACAGUCCAAAGUUCGAAAACUGUACUGCCGGGAAGUGCUAGUGUAGCCUGGCCCUUUUUGUUGGGAUGACACCGAUGUUGCUUUAUUCUUUUAGCUGUAUUAACCUCUAUCCUCAUUUUCUUCCACACAUCAAAUUAUCCCUCCUGACAACUUUUUGCUCUUAGCCUUGCCUCUGCAUUUGCAUGUACAUACAUACUAGUGAAUUGUAAAAUUUAAAAAUGUUAAAGGAAUGAGCUCUAAAAUACAAAAAGUUUAAAUGAAUGUUAUUAAGCUGCAGCUGUUUUAAAACAUGGCAUACGGUCAUUGAGAUUCAUUUUUGAAGUGAGCUUACAUGACCCAAAGUAUAUUUUUUCCAGUCAUUGGCUGCUUUUGUAACUAUUUCCUUAUGAAUUACGUGUUACAAGCUGAAGUUUCAGUCACAUAAAGCAGGAACACAGUAACAUCACUAUCCUGAGGUUAAGUGUUUGUUAAACAACUGAGUGCAUGAAGACCACUUCUAAAUUAAUACAGUAGUGGGUAUUCAUUUUUGCAGUGUCGGUAUCAAGACAUUUAUUAUUUAUUAUUUUUGUAUUAUUAUUUAACUUUGUAAACUCUCUAGGCAGAAUACUUCUUUUUGGGCAACCAUAAAAUACUGUCCUUUUAAGUCACAUGCUCAAGAGUAGCACAGUAUGCAAAUUGAGACUAGAGGAAUCAAACCUAGGACUGCAGGAUAAAGCUGUCAUUUGUGCCUCUCUUGUAAUGUGUGGCACAUGCACACACACAAAUGCUUCUUCACUGUUAAUAACAUGGUUUCCAGGGGGUGAGAAGUGGCUUUCCCAUUCUCAAUCCUGCAACCAGCUGUCGACUGUAUUGGUGUUACUUUUGUGCCUAAAUGCAUUGUGAGGUACAGAGCCUACUUCUCUAGCUUUGACAACAUUGGUAGCAGGUACUUGUAGGUAAGAAGUCUUGGUGUUGAGCCCUAAAUUAAGGUAAAGAAGCAAAAUUGAGUUUUAGUUUAGGAAUCAAAAUGCUGAAAUUAUUUGGUUUGCAGUGCUAUCUAGUAUAGCAUUUAGGUGCUUGGGUUUAAGUUUCAUUGCGUAGAGAAGCUGGUGGUAGAUGAGGACUCAAGAUAAUAUAGAAACUUUGGCAAAUAAAGCCCACUAAGCACACAUGGACUGAUAAUUUUUUGCACUUGCUGCUGAAGCACUGAGACCAUGUUCAUUUCUCUAGUUUACUGUAUUUCUAAAGUCAGCAUUUUCUUCUCAGCUUUUCCACAUUUCAGUUAAUAGAAGAAUACCCGUCCCAUCCAUACAUUUAUUCUGUGUGUGUUAGAACAAUUCCAGACAGGAGGCUGUCUUUCUAGCCAUGUGUCUUGCCCCAUUCUAGAAUUUUCCUCUACUGUGUUUACACCAUUGAUACAUGAAGGCUACUUGGCUUGGAGACUUUCCUCUAAUUUCCAUAAUGGAACUUUAAAUGAACAGUGUGCUCUGUGAUGGUGGUGCUUCUUGUAGAGAUGUUAUAAAUUCAUUUCACUUCAUCUUCCAGAGCUAUGGUUAUCAUGUAUCUGUAUUCUGUCAGAUGAAAAGAUGUUACACUUCUGACAGUUGUUUUCCUUCUCUACUUUGAUGGUGAGCAGUCUGCAGGUCUACAAGUAUUCAUGUCUUGCACCUUAAUAAAAUCCACAUCUGUUUUUCUGGAUAUCUCUUACAGCAAGUUGACGUGCCAGAAGUAGACAGUGUCAACAAGUGCCUGGUUGCAGCAAACAUUUUUCCAACGUGCAGGUAGUGCUUGUGUGAACCACACAUUCCCUAGAGUAGCAUCUGCUGCCCAUCUGCUAACAGGGAAGGAGCAAAUUACAUAGAAAUAAAUAGAAGUUGUGGGAACAAUAUAUGAAGAAUAAUGUUCAGUAGGAGGAAGAGUGAGGUUUAAAGGAAAGCAGGAAUUCACCAAUGUAUGUAAUGCUGGUCUGAUGGUAAUUACAAAGAAAAAGAUAUGUGAUGUGUAAUGUAUGCAAAUGGAAAAAAUGUCAAUAUUUGUUUUCUUUUCCUUUUUGUCUCUUGAAUGAUAAUUCAAUAAAAGUAUUUAAAAAAAUAAAAGGUCAUACCUUUCUGCUUUCCAUUGUUUUCCAGUCUUGACGCAUUGGUAACAGCUGAGCAGUUUUCAUAUUGUUUUCCACUCUGAAAUUGUCUUAAAUGACAUGAUCAUUUUAGCUUAGUUUUGGCUUUAUAUUGAUUACACUGUCAUUUGUGUUUAACUGAACUUUGUAUGCAUGCAUUUAUAUUGUCUCUACACCCAAUAAACAAGAGUCCUGACUUUUUUUUUAUAUUCAGCCAACAGCACUGACACCUGUCUUUCCUUUCUGGAUUUCUUAUCAUGCCACCAAAUAGAGAUGAGCCAAACAAUUUUAGGUUUAUCUGCUAAUAAAUGGAACAAAGACGGUGGUAAAAAAAAGUUUUAGAAGUCUACCUUUUUGGAGGGAAUUUCUUUUCCCAAAUCUUUGAUUCUUGAGGCUUAAGCAGUGCCAGGUGUGUUGCUCCAAGGCAUUUCAGAAUAUCUUUAAGAUUGGGGGGGGUCACGACAUAAUAGUGCUUAGUAUAACCAGUUUGAAACGGCUUCUUCUCCUACCUCACUGAUAGCUGUGUCACUGCAGUGACUUCAGUGAUCAAGAUUUACAUUGUUUUUUUAUCUUAUUUUUAAACUUUGAAACAAUGUUAUAAAGUUAAUAAACUGUGGUCUUUUCAGCUUA